AUGAUUAACACAGCUGAUGACUCCACAGCCCGCAGUGAGGCGUUCGCCCUUUAUCAGGCUAGACUCCGUGCUGAGGAAAUCGAAUUUGCUGCUCGCGAAGAGCACGAUCAGGCCCUCAAGAAAAUGGUCGACCUUUCUUAUUCCAAAUUGAGCUCAGAUUUCGAACUUGAACGCAGCAAAAUCGAAAGAAACGCUAAGAUUAAUCUUUCUAUUUCCAAGAAUCAACAAAGAAUUGAGAUAUUAAAUAAACAACGCGAAAUCAUCACAAAAUCCAUGGACAAGGUUCGCGAGAAACUCCAGAAAUUAGUUCAAACACCAGAAUAUAAGGAAAUAUUGAAGGCUUUAUUGAAGCAGGGCGUUGAAAUAUUGAAUGAAAAGGUUGUAAAGGUUUCUGUCACAAAGAGAGAUAGAGAACUUAUCCAGACAAUCAUGGGUGAGUUGGGGACAGAAACAAAGUUAAGUCUUACUGACACAAAUCUUGAAGAUAAAGUUAUUGGUGGUGUUUACCUCGUUUCAGAGGCUGAUACAAUCUUCAUUGACAAUACAUUCGAAGAGAGACUUCAGCUCGCUUCAGAAGGUGCUCUUCCUGAAAUCAAGAAUAUUCUUGCCUAA